CUGAAACCUACCAACCUACCAACCUACCUAGGUAGCUAUUGGUGUUUCUCUACCCCUCGAGUCGCUUUGCUUCCACAUCAUUUCCUUCUUCGAAACAAAUACUUAGUUGUCAUUCACAAACCUUUGUUUGUCUUGCCUUGUUCUGCCUUACCUCAAGGUGUCUCACCUCCCUCGAAAUUCCAACACUCGUUCAACACUCGUCCAACAUGAAUUGCCCAAUACAGUCCAUCGAUGAACCGGGCUUAAAGGUUCCCAAUGAUGUAGCUAUAGGUUUGCGCCAGCAAGUCGCCGGUCUUCUUCACCGGAAUUCAAUCAACUUUCCUGGUGCGCAACCCGUCAGCUUCACGAGGAAGCACUUGGACGUUUUAACGCGUGAAGACUAUUACGUCUGCGAAAAGUCCGAUGGAAUUCGCUACCUCCUAUACCUUACCGCCGACGAGAAUAACCAAGAGACCCACUAUCUAAUCGACCGCCGAAACGAGUACUGGUAUGUACAGGCAGGCUCACUACACUUUCCUCUCCCGGGAAACCACCAAGCCUUCCACAAAGGCACGGUUCUAGAUGGAGAGUUGGUCAUGGACAGCCUGGGCGAUGGACGCUUUGAGCCCCAAUACCUAGUUUUUGAUUGCCUGGCCUUCAAUGGGCAAUCAAUGAUGUCGCGAGAGCUACAAAAGAGACUCGGCUACUUCCACGAGCAGAUAUUCAAGCCGUAUAAGAAAUUACUAGAUGAUUACCCCCAGGAGAAGCAAUACCAACCCUUCUUCAUCAACUUAAAGGACAUGCAGAUGGCUUAUGGAAUUCGGCUGAUCUUCGAGGAAGUUAUCAAGCAUUUAAAACACGAAAACGACGGCCUUAUCUUCACAGCCCUCCACAGCGAGUAUAAGCCCGGAACAGAUCCACACAUCUUAAAAUGGAAGGAUGCCGACGAAAAUACAGUCGAUUUUGUGUGGAAACUGAAGUUCCCCAUGGUGGAACCAGAUGAACAAGACCGUGCGGAGGGCAUAACGACACCCUAUAUCGACUAUGAAACCACCCCUCAAGUUGACCUGCUCGCGAAUCAUGGUAGUGGCAAUUACCAUUUUUACGACACACUACAUCUUGAAGACAGUGAAUGGGAGAUAUUGAAGGGCCUAGGUGACCCCCUCGACGAUCGUGUGGUAGAGGUUUACAUGGAUAACCAGAAACGGUGGCGGUUUUACCGGUUCAGAGACGACAAACCGGAUGGUAACCACAUAUCGGUGGUCAGCAGCGUGAUAGACAGUAUACGAGAUGGUGUGACCCGCGACGAGCUCGAGAAUCAUAGCAAAGUCAUCCGAGAUAACUGGAAAGCUAGGGAGAAGGUCCGGAAAUAGGCCAGGAUGCAUAAUGUCGUGUUUCUAAGAAAGAGGAAGAGAGAACCAUAGGGCGACCAAUCCUUGGA